AUGGCUGCGUCCAGCUUCUCCCCCGUGGGCCAUACCCUGGAGCUCCACAACCAAACAGACCAGAUCUCACAGAAUAUGGAGAUCUUACCUCCGGAGGCUUUUCCCGGAAAUUCUGAUGCUGGCUCAGUUCUCGAUUCACUGGCUUUCAUAAAACAUGAAAAUGCUGCUGUCAGAGCUUUCAAAGAUGCAAUGCAGAAUGUUAUUGAAGUCAAGUCCUUAAAGAAAGCUUUGGAAGAAAACUAUUCUAAGGACAAGAAACAUAAUGACUAUGAUUAUGAUUAUGAUACAAAAUUCAAGACGACCCAAGAGGGUGCACCCCAUCCUAAGUCCUCUGCCGUGGUCCCUCCUGGUGGUGAGGCAGCAGAACAACAAUCCUCUGCCUCACAGUACUUCUCCUGUUUCUCGUCCUUAUCUGAGAUCAUUCGUGCUAAUGAGGAUGGUAAGGGAAAUACACAGCUCCUUACUUUGCAACUGGCUGAUGAUCCUAAGCCUUCUGUGUCCUCAGCAAACACAGAAGAGGAAACAUUCAUGAAUGUCUACUAUAUGAAUGUAAGAACAAAAAGGAGGGUGGCUGUCUUCAAUGAUGAACAGGAAAGCCUGGAGCCUCCCACCAAAUUCAAAAAAGAAAAAAAAAAAAAGACCUUUUCUGAUCUCCAGGGAGCAGUCACCCCCUCUUGCACUACUAAGGAGCCACCAACUUGCAGUGCAUCCAGGCAGACAAUAGAAGAGCAGGAGAAAGGGAAGGAGGCUGACAUUCCACCAGUGCCUCCAGCUGCUGAGGAAUAUCCCAGGGCCAAGAUGCCUGAAUGGCUCGUGGCCCUGGAUAGUGGCUUCAGUUGCAUGGCCUGCUGCCAGGUCUUUCCCAGCUUGGAGGUCCUCCAGGAACACGUGAAGCAUGGAGUCUGUAAGGGCUUCAGCUGCCAUACUUUCCAUCUGACCUUGACUUUGCUGAAGAGAAAGAAAAGGGUAGAGAAGGAAAAGAGUAGGCAGACAAAGAAUACUAAGAAUACUGGCAUAUAG